CCAACAUUUCCAGCACGGUGACCUAGUGCUCCCAAAAUGUGCCCACACCUUGAUUAGGCAAGGGAGGGAUAUUUGGGAUCAGCCCCUGUGCGGGUAUCCCCAUAGAAUUUGGUCACUGAGGGACUUUGUAGUUUGGGAUUUACUAGAGGUUUUUUUGACUUAGAGUUAUGUAUGUAGCAAGAUUUCUGACAUAUUGAGACAUUAGUUGUCUGUAUAGGACAGUCUCUGUCUUCAGAAGAACAGGUUUGUUUGUUAACUAAGGGAACCAAAACAGCAGACCUUGUACCGAAAGACAUCAGAGGGAGGCAUUGCUGAAUUCUCAGUAGGUGCUGUAAGAGUGGUCGGCACCUCAAUCCUGUGGUAGAAUUGGUUACCAUGACCCCCAAGAGCCAUCACCCCUGAGCAGGUGGACUGUGGGCUGUAUGUGACCAAGGGAGCCAUCUGUCCCUUUUGAACCCUGGGGUCCCUGAAAAACUGCAGAGAAGUGACGUAGGCAGGACAGCCAGCCAAGCACCAGUUCAACCUGGACAGAGGCUGCUGUCACUUAGGGCCUGGAGGAAGGACCUGCUGUCUGUCCAAGGUUUACUCUUGAUUUGGCAACUAUUUUGUUUACUUUCAUACUUUAGAUGACAUUUUUAUCUUUGUCUAUCUCAUUAGAAGUAAAUAAGCCAGAAAUAUGUUAAUGUUUUGUUAUUAACCCUAGCUAUCAAUAAGUUGCCUGCUUGGUGUGGGUAUUACUCAAUGCUCUUUGCCAUGGGAAACUUGCCUUGUCCACUCCAGGGUCUAACACUCUGGUCUUCUCUGUCUUCUCAAGCUUGCCCACCUGACUGAGGCUUCCUGAUGCUUUUGUUAAGUGGAAAGGUGUCUGAAACCAUGCAUAGUUGGUAUGCAGAGCAGCUGUGGCCAUAGUGGCCAGUACUUCCCAUGUUGCUGCCACGGGACAUUGGCUUCUCUGCGGUCUUCUCACCACAGCUGGUGAUUGGCACGCCUCAGAGACCUGCAGCAUCAAACACUAUUGUGGUAGGAAGCCCACACACUCCCAACACUCACUUUGUGUCUCAGAACCAGCCGUCUGACUCCUCACCUUGGUCUGCUGGGAAGCGGAACAGGAAAGGUGAGAAGAAUGGCAAGGGCCUACGGCAUUUCUCUAUGAAGGUGUGUGAGAAGGUGCAGAGGAAAGGGACCACCUCCUACAAUGAGGUGGCUGAUGAGCUGGUUGCAGAGUUCAGUGCUGCUGACAACCACAUCCUACCAAAUGAAUCCGCUUAUGACCAGAAGAACAUCCGGCGGCGUGUCUACGAUGCCUUAAACGUGCUGAUGGCCAUGAACAUCAUCUCCAAGGAGAAGAAGGAGAUCAAGUGGAUCGGCCUACCCACCAACUCAGCUCAGGAGUGCCAGAACCUAGAGGUGGAGAGGCAGCGGAGGCUGGAGAGGAUCAAGCAGAAGCAAUCGCAGCUCCAGGAGCUCAUCUUGCAGCAAAUUGCCUUUAAGAACUUGGUGCAGAGGAACCGCCAAGCCGAGCAGCAGGCCCGCAGGCCACCUCCUCCCAACUCUGUCAUCCACUUGCCCUUCAUCAUUGUGAACACCAGCAGGAAGACAGUCAUUGACUGCAGCAUCUCCAAUGACAAAUUUGAGUAUCUAUUUAACUUUGACAACACGUUUGAAAUCCAUGACGAUAUUGAGGUGCUCAAGCGCAUGGGCAUGGCAUGCGGGCUGGAAUCCGGGAACUGUUCUGCUGAAGACCUCAAGGUGGCGAGAAGUUUGGUACCAAAAGCUCUAGAACCAUAUGUGACAGAAAUGGCUCAGGGAUCCAUUGGUGGAGUAUUCGUCACAACAACAGGUUCUACAUCCAAUGGCACAAGGCUUUCUGCCAGUGACUUGAGCAAUGGUGCAGAUGGGAUGCUGGCCACAAGCUCCAAUGGGUCUCAGUACAGCGGCUCCAGGGUAGAGACCCCGGUUUCUUACGUCGGGGAGGAUGAUGAUGACGACGAUGACUUUAAUGAGAACGACGAGGAGGAUUGAUUACGCAGCCUGUGGACCCUUCAAAUUCAGCUUCAGGAAAAAAUUACUAGAGAAGAAAACUUAAAGUGGGACUUUUUGUUCUUUUUGGCCUGCUUCCAAGAAGAUAUCCAUGAGUUGUUGGGUUAGCUGUGCACCUCCAGUAAGGACCGUGCCUGCCAUGGUGUGAGCUGCGUUGCAGAUGUUUUGAAGCCAGCGUGCUGAUGCAGAGCCCGUAUUUACUUUUAGGAUUUUGUGUUUUUGCGCUUUCUCUUUCUCUUUCUUAUUUUGUUUGAAGUUUAUUUUGCCCCUCAACAGUUGUUGCUGGGUUUGCUGAGGAAACUGCACUGCACCCACACCAGUGACAAUAAUAAAUGCUGCCCUGCCUGGGCUUCCAGCACCCAGGUGGUGGACGGCCAGGCUUCAGGAUGAAUUUUCCUUCCAUUUGUUAAAUCAUGCGGUGUCCAAAGAACCAAGCCAAUAGCAAAGCUCUAGUUUUUAAACAUUAAGCGCCAUACAUCUUAUUAUGACUUUAUUUUUCCUUAAAUUAUAUUAUUGACUGUUGUAAUUCCAUCAAGUUUGUACACUUUUUUUUCUAUUGCAACAACAAAUUGCAAAGUAGUUUUUCUUGUUUGUUUGUUUUUGUUUUGUUUGGAAGAAGUUUACUGCCACGCUGGUGCAGCUAUGGAAAUUGUCUAGAAAGUUUGCUUAUGGUAAAUUUGCCUGAUUUCUUACAGGCUACGUUUGGAAACUUUUUAUUAUAUAGUUGUUUACAUACUUAUAAGUCUAUCAUUUAAAGACGUGUACUGAAACAAAUGUUGUAUUUGUUUCAUGAGCAUCUUCCUGUAAUCUAUUAUAAAGUUGAAAUUAAACAUAGAGAAUGUUUUAACAGUUUUUUAACUCAAAAUUUGUCAAUCAUUUUUAAUAGUUCUUUUUUUAUAAAAAGAAAAAGGAAUUUAAGGACAGGCAAUAGUCUCUUAAAAUUUAUUCACAAAAACUCGUUAACUGCACAGUUGCUCUUAGCUGCCUGUUCUAAAAUGAUAGUCUUUUUAUUGAAACACAAAUAAACUUUUCUGUAAUAUUUUAUGGAAUAUAAAGAGACUUUAAUUGUUUGACUUGUUUAACUCGGCACUGUUAGUUUUAUUAAUAAAACGUGCAUGGGCAUUUUAAA